GAGGUCCCCAGCAUUGAAGUACCGCAAACACCAUGUCAUUGAACGUUACCACCAAAUUGCCUGCGCUCCGAACUGCACGGAGAAUUGCACCGAGAUAUCAAUCAGUAACUUCUGUGCAGAGACGGCACUUUUCAUUUCGGUCUUUUUGGAGCAAGGCUGCAAGUUCGGCAGAGCAGGCGGAAUGGAGCCCCGCGAUUGACGGCCCUCAUCGGCAAAGCAAGCUACAGGUCAGGGAGCAACAGGAGAAAGAACUUGCAGAAAAAGCAGCACAAGAAUUCCCGGUUCCAGAAGAAUCAGAAAUCGGUCAGGUUGAUGGUGCCCCUGCGAAACAUAUUGCUGUGGAAAUAGAUGGAAAUGCUCGAGUUUUCGACACUGCCUUCUUGCGGGACAGCUGCUCGUGCACCCAGUGCAGAGACCCAGACAGCAAGCAGAAAGUUUUCCAGACGUCCGAUAUUCCGAAAGACCUAGAAGGGAGCUACAGGCUUGUCGAGGAUGAAAACAAGGGGCCUUCAAUCGAACUUCAGUGGAAGGACGACGUCAAAGGAUAUGGACCAGAUCACCGGACACGACACUCGAUCGAAUGGCUGCAAAGGUCGAUCCACCAAGAGGUCGAACUAAGAGGUGGCGUACGGCAGGAUGAUCGAGUGCUUUGGGACAAGCAGAAGAUUACAAGAGAUAACAAAUGGCUUGACUACAACGACUACAUGGGUCAGGAUGAGGUCCUUUACGAUGCUCUGACGCACUUGCACAAGUACGGUCUGCUCUUCAUCAAGAAUAUCCCCGAUUCAGAAGAGUCUGUAGUUAAGCUCUCAGAGCGCAUCGGUAACCUCAAGGACACAUUUUACGGCCGCACCUGGGAUGUUCGCUCGAAAGCUAAAGCCGAGAACAUUGCCUAUACGCCUCAGUUCCUCGGGCUGCACAUGGACCUCCUGUACACAACCAACCCACCACAUCUGCAAUUGCUCCACUCACUACGCGCUCGCACACCAGGGGGAGAAUCGUUCUUCAGCGACUCGUUCAACGCCGUCAAUCAACUGCAGCGCUUCUCAGCAUUCCACUUUCGCACUCUCUGCAAGUUCCCUGUCACAUACCACUACCACCACCCAACAGAGCAUUACCACUUCACCCGUCCGGUAAUCGAGCUUUUCCCCUACCCGAAAUACAGCGAGCCCACAAACCUCGCGAUCCGCCGCGUCAACUGGUCCCCGCCUUUCCAAGCCCCAUUCGAAGCCCGCAUCGGCAGCAACAACCAGACCUCGUUCCGGUCCUUCGUCGCUGCAAGCCACGCGUUUGAGAAGCUGCUCAGCGCCGAGGAGAACCUGUACGAGUACCGGCUCAACGAGGGCGAGUGUGUGAUCUUCGACAACAGGAGGGUGCUGCAUGCGCGCCGGGCGUUUGACGCGACAAAGGGCGAGAGGUGGCUGAAGGGCGCGUAUGUGGAUGAUGAUGUGUUCUUCAGCAAGUUGAGGGUGCUGCAGGAGAAGUAUGAGGGGAGCUGGAAUGCGGAGGGGACGGUGAGGCAUGCGGUGAAGGGAGAGUGAUUUGGGUAUAAGCAGUUGCGUUGCAUUGUAUGGAGCUGGGGCGUGUCUGAUAUCGGUGAAUGCAUAGCGUGGGGCGGUGGGAAAUGUGGCAUAGAUCUGGGUUGUACCUCGACGGUUCUUUCUUUUGUUCAUAGUAUCGAAACGUACAUAUUUGAGUAGACGGUCGAAGUUGGAUACACUCCUUAUUGAACUUUCCG